AUGUCCAUCCAGCAGUCUCAAGAAGAGGAUCUCAUCGCUUGCUUGCCUGGCCCAACUGGUCCUGGUGCAUCUGCCCUUAAUAGCCUGGUUGUCUCUUGUGCGUCAGCAGUUGGUGUGAGAGUAGCUGCUACCUAUGAAGCCUUGUCUCUGAAGAAGGUAAUUAGCUUCUAUGGCACGACUCCUGGCGAUGCAGCAUCUCCGUCUAGCAGUGGUUCUCCUGGCCCAGACGGGCUGAAGGAGAGCCGAGAGGAGCAGGUCAAGCUGGAGUCCAUGCAGGGUAAGAAGAGUUCCAGCUUGGUGGACAUUCGAGAAGAGUCUGAAGGAGUCUGUCGAAGGCUCUCCUUACCUGGUUUGUUAUCACAAGUUUCUCCGAGGCUCUUGAGAAAAGUAGGACGGGCUAAAAUGAGGACAGUGGCACUCACUCCGACCUACAGUGGUGAAGCUGAUGCACUUCUCCCAUCCUUGCGGACUGAGGUGUGGAGCUGGGGAAAGGGAAAAGCAGGACAGCUAGGACAUGGUGAUGUCUUACCAAGGCUCCAACCGUUAUGUGUAAAAAGUCUUGAUGGCAAAGAAGUAAUUCAUUUGUCUGCAGGUGAACAUCAUUCCUUGGCACUCACUGCCAAGUCACAGGUGUAUUCAUGGGGCAGCAAUACAUUUGGACAGCUUUGUCACUCAAAUUCGCCAACCACAGUCCCUCGCCUUGCGAAGGUAAACAAUGACAAAAAUGUCUGGCAUACAGUAGCAGGUCCAGAUUAUUCACUAUUUCUGGUAGAUGGAGAAGAUUUUCAGCCUUUAUUAUACUAUAGUGGUCGAGAAGAAAGAAAAGAAUGUGAUGUCUCAUCUGAAGAGAACUGCUCAAAGAAUCCAACACUGUUGCUCUCCUGUAGUAAGCUAGGGUAUAUAAGCAGCAUGGCAGCAGGGCGAACAAACUGUUUGGCACUGGUAGAUAAAAACAUUAUGGGCUAUAUUGCUAGUCUGCAUGAGUUGGCAUCAACAGAAAGACAAUUCUACAUCAAACUGAGUGCUAUAAAAUCACAAGUUCUGAGACCUCUCUUGGGAUUAGACAACUUAGGUGCUGUAACAGCAGUUCAACUAUUGCAGGAAAUGGCAAGCACGUUCAGCAAGCUCUGCUACCUGACUGGCCAGCACGGAGCCUCUUUGACUACCUUCCUUCAGGGAUUAAAAGAGGCAAAGAAUUUGGCUGUCAUGAAGCAUUCAAGCCUUUUUUUGGAAAGUUACACUGAGUACUGUACUUCCUUGACAAACUUUAUAGUGAUGGGAGGAUUUGCACUUCUGUCCAAACCAGCAAUGGACUUCUUCAGUAAAAACCACGCAUUACUUCAGGAUUUGUCAGAGACAAAUGAGGAAUCUCAGCCUUUGGUGGAAGUGCUAAACGCUUUAUUUUUCUUGCCCAUCAGAAGACUUCAGAAUUAUGCUAAAGUUCUGCUAAAGCUUGCUGCUUGUUUUGAAGUGACAUCUCCAGAAUACCAGAGCCUCCAGGAGUCCAGUUCUUGUUAUGAAUCCCUAGCUGUCCAUCUGGGCAGGAAAAGAAAAGAAGCCGAAUACACAUUAAGCUUCUGGAAAACCUUUCCUGGGAAAAUGACAGACUCCUUGAGGAAACCAGAACGACGAUUGAUCUGUGAGAGCAGCAAUCGAGGGUUGUCUCUGCAGCAUGCUGGGAGAUUCUCGGUGAACUGGUUCAUCCUCUUUAAUGAUGCUCUGGUCCAUGCCCAGUUUUCAACUCAUCAUAUUUUCUCCUUGUCCACGCUGUGGGCUGAGCCCGUGUCUGAAGAGUCUGGCAAUACAAAUGGUUUGCGAAUCACUACACCUGAAGAGCAGUUCAUUCUGAUUUCAUCAACAGCACAGGAAAAGACAAAGUGGCUGAGAGCUAUAAGUCAAGCAGUGGAUCAGGCUUUGAAAGGGACAAGUGACUUGCCGCCUUAUGUCAGUGGUGGAAGUAUACAGAGGCAAGAACCCCCCAUUUCCCGGAGUGCAAAAUACACUUUUUAUAAGGAUCCUCGGCUUAAGGAUGCCAUGUACGAUGGACGUUGGCUUUCUGGGAAACCACAUGGAAGAGGAGUCCUAAAAUGGCUAGAUGGAAGAAUGUAUUCUGGCAUGUUCCGGAAUGGCCUGGAAGAUGGGCACGGCGAAUAUAAAGUCCCAAACAAAAUGUUGAACAAGAGCGACCACUAUGUUGGGUAUUGGAAGGAAGGGAAAAUGUUUGGCCAAGGAGUCUACAGUUAUGCCACUGGAGAAGUUUACGAAGGCAGCUUUCAAGACAAUAUGCGCCAUGGUCACGGGCUCCUGCGCAGCGGGAAACUGACCUCUUCCUCUCCUAGCAUGUUCAUUGGUCAGUGGGUGAUGGAUAAGAAGACAGGCUAUGGAGUGUUUGAUGACAUCACGAGGGGAGAAAAAUAUAUGGGGAUGUGGCAAGAUGACCUUUGUCAAGGCAACGGCAUUGUGGUUACCCAGUUCGGGCUGUAUUAUGAAGGAGCCUUUAACAGCAAUAAAAUGAUGGGGACUGGAGUCUUGCUUUCGGAAGACGAUACAAUAUACGAAGGAGAGUUUUCAGACAAUUGGACCCUUAAUGGGAAGGGAACCCUGACAUUGCCGAACGGAGACUACAUUGAAGGUACCUUCAGUGGAGAAUGGGGGUCUGGGAUAAAGAUUACAGGAACCUAUUUCAAGCCCAGUCUGUAUGAUCAUGAGAAGGACCGACCCAAAACUCUGCGGAAGCUUGGAGUCCUUGCCGUUCCUGCAGACGAGAAGUGGAAGGCAGUGUUCGACGAAUGCUGGCACCAGUUAGGUUGUGAGCAUCCUGGCCAAGGGGACAGGUGGAAAGCUUGGGACAACAUCGCCGUCGCCUUGACAACCAAUCGGCGUCAACACAAAGACAGCCCAGAACUUCUGAGUAGAUCGCAUGCUCAGACACUGGAAAGUCUGGAAUUCAUCCCUCAACAUGUUGGUGCCUUCACCCUGGAGAAAUAUGAGAACAUUAAGAAGUAUCUAAUAAAGGUAUCUUGACUGUGAAUGGGU